GGUCGUCUGCAUCCAUCUCUAAUGUUCGUCGACGCUCUCAUUCUCUCGACUUGAUGGACGUAGACACUCAGAAGCGGCGCAAGUUGCUCGAUGCUCAAAAUCAGAACAUACAUCGUGUAUUGACUAUUCCAGCUCCCUCAACAUCUGCGCGCCAUUCAGUAUUUUUCAAAACGGUUCAAAAUCCUCCAACUGUGCUAAACCAUCGUCCUUAUAAUUGUUUGGGGCCGCCAGUCAUCUUUUAUAAUGACGUGUUCAGCAAAUUUAUUGCUGAUUUUAGAAAUGAAAAAUUGCCAAUCUUGCAAGACGUGCUGCAUGUAGUUGACCCGCUUUUGGAGAGUAUGGCGAGGAGCUAUCAAGGUGAGAAUAAACGUCUUGAAGCGUUACGAAGUCAUUUGAGCACCAUAAUUUGGCUGCUGCAAUCGAUCAAGAAUGAUGACGAAACAGUCGCCGACAGUGUCAUAACAGUACCUAUUGAAUCAUUGCAUGAAGCUGCAAUGCUGGUUCUAUUAGAAGUGAAAAACGAGAUUGGGACUGGAGUUUCUGAUCCUACCACCCAGGGAGCAUUGUCGUAUGUUCAGCGCUGGGCACAAGAACGUCUCAAAAGUUUCCGUCUGUGCUGUAAUUGUUCAUCGAUUAUUCUCGCAGUUGCCGGUCCUUGGAUUUGUGUUAUGGGUGCAAUUUAUCUGGAGAAGGGAGUUAUUGAUCCUCUUACUACAUUCAUACCUCUAAUACCAUUUCAUCAUCAUGAAUAUUUCAUGAGAACUGCAUGA